UUUUUGUGUUUGUGAUUAAAACUUGUCAAAAUUAUUGGCUUCUCAAAAUGAAGCCUCCUUCUCCCAAUUCCUCCUCUUCUCUCCUCAGAAAGCCUCGCUUCUCCCCUUACCUCUUCACUCUCUUGGCCUUCAUCUUCUUCGUUGCCGUCCUCUACGGCGAGGACCUAGUCUGCAUCUUCAGCCAGCAGCUCCAACUCGACCUCGCCUCCGCCCGCUCCCUGCCCGCCACCGAGAAGAAGUGGGAGCAGUUGCCAUUCGCCGUCGGGAAAUUGGCGGAGGAAGGGUGUGACGUGUACAGUGGGCGGUGGGUCCGGGACGAGGUGACUAGGCCGCUAUAUGAUGAGUCGGAUUGUCCGUACAUUCAGCCCCAGCUGACGUGUCAAGAACACGGCCGCCCUGACCGGAGUUAUCAGUACUGGCGGUGGCAGCCUCACGGCUGCGAUCUUCCAAGUUUUAAUGCGAGCAUGAUCUUGGAAGCCCUGAGGGGGAAGAGGAUGAUGUUCGUGGGAGAUUCUCUAAAUCGCGGCCAAUAUGUUUCGAUGGUCUGUCUUCUCCACUCUCUAAUUCCCGACCACUCCAAAUCCAUGGAAACUUUUGAUUCUCUUACCGUCUUCACGGCUAAGGAGUACAACGCGACGAUAGAGUUCUAUUGGGCGCCGUUUCUUUUGGAAUCGAACUCGGAUAAUGCAGUGAUCCAUCGGAUUUCGGAUCGGAUUGUGAGGAGAGGUUCUAUUAAUAAGCAUGGAAAGUACUGGAAGGGCGUUGAUAUUAUGGUUUUUAAUACGUAUCUUUGGUGGAUGACGGGCUUGAACAUGAAAAUCCUGCAAGGGUCUUUCGAGGACGAAGUCGAAGACAUAGUGGAGCUAUCAACCGAGGAUGCUUAUCGAAUGGCAAUGAGGAGCAUGUUGAGAUGGGUGAGGAAGAACAUGGAUCCUAAAAAGACGAGAGUUUUCUUCACCAGCAUGUCUCCUUCUCAUGGAAAAAGUAUUGAUUGGGGUGGUGAGGAGGGUGGCAAUUGCUACAACAAAACGACUCUAAUUGAGGAUCCAAACUACUGGGGCUCCGAUUCGAGAAAGAGCAUCAUGCAAGUGAUCGGAGAAGUCUUCGGGAAAUCAAAGUUUCCGAUCACAUUUCUAAACAUCACACAACUAUCGAGCUAUCGUAGAGAUGCCCACACGUCGAUUUACAAGAAGCAAUGGUCGCCAUUGACGCCCGAGCAGCUCGCCAACCCCGUGAGCUACGCGGACUGCGUCCAUUGGUGCCUUCCUGGUCUCCAAGAUACUUGGAAUGAGCUUCUUUUUACCAAACUUUUCUAUCCUUAUUAAUUGUUAUCCUCUUUGUUGUUUCAUUGAGAUUUUCUCCAAACGGGGUAAUAGAGAAGAUGGAGAGAAAAUCUGUGUGAAAUUCAAAGGGUUGAGCUGAGUUUUUUGGGAGGAAGAUUUAAUUUGUAUAAAACAUUAAUUGUUUGAUAUGUUUGUUAUUUCUUGGAAA